UUUCUUUAAUUAGAAGCGGGGAUCCCCUGUUUACUGGUAAGAACUUAAAAACCCUAAACCCUAAUCAUGGGCACCGCAACAGAGAGCGAGAGCAUGGAUUCCGAAAGCACAUCAACACAAGAGGAGACCUUCACAAAGGUUUCGGUAUGGGAUUUGCCGGACUUGCCAAAGGGGAAGUUGCCUCCUCACAUUGAGCUUCAGAGGACUCGCGUUCUCUGUGGUUCUUUAGCUCCUACUAAUACAGAGAAUGUUAAUUAUUCAGGCGCUUAUGCGGCUAUGGGUGUUGAUAACAGUGUGCGGUUUGAGCAAUUUCGGAAUAAUUUCAAAGUGGAAAUUGUGAGACUUGAGGAGGAUGAAUUGGAGUUUGAUAUGGUUGGUAUUGAUCCUUCUCUUGCCAAUGCAUUUCGCAGAAUCCUAAUUGCUGAGCUCCCAACCAUGGCUAUUGAAAAAGUUCUUAUUGCAAACAAUACGUCCAUUAUCCAAGAUGAAGUACUCGCUCAUAGACUUGGUCUCAUCCCAAUUGAAGUCGAUCCAAGGCUGUUCGAGUAUAUGUCAGAAAAUGAUGUCCCUAAUGAAAAGAAUACAAUUGUUUUCAAACUCCAUGCUCGUUGUACAAAAGGCAGUGAUCGACUUAGAGUCUUGUCUAGUGAGCUGAAGUGGUUACCAAAUGGCAGUGAAUUGAUACUAGGAACCGAACAUCCAGCAUCAAGUUCGAGUGCGAAACCAAAAACUUAUACUUCAUUCAGCUGUAGUCAGGAUACUCUACCAGAAUUCUCGAAUGACCCAAUUGCCCCAAAAGAUGCAGAUAUUAUUGUAGCCAAACUUGGACCGGGUCAGGAAAUCGAGCUAGAAGCUCAUGCUGUUAAAGGAAUGGGUAAGACACAUGCAAAGUGGUCUCCUGUGGCUACGGCUUGGUACAGGAUGCUUCCCGAGGUUGUAUUAUUGCGGGAUAUUGAAGAUGAUGAAGCAGAAGCACUUGUGAAGAAGUGUCCGGUUAAGGUGUUUGACAUCGAAGAUAUUGGUAAAGGUAAAAAGAGGGCAACUGUUGCUCGACCAAGGGUUUGCACUCUCUGUAGGGAAUGCAUCAGAGAGGAAGGUUGGGACAAGAAUGUAGCGCUGAGACGUGUAAAUGAUCAUUUCAUCUUUACCAUAGAAUCAACUGGAGCAUUGCCACCUGAGGUGCUGUUUACAGAAGCUGUAAAGAUUUUAGAAGAAAAAUGUGAACGGGUGAUAACGGAGCUGUCAUGAUCAGUCCUAAAGGGUAGUUAGAUAUGUUAUCCUUUCCAGAAAGCCAAAGCAAGAGUUCAGCUUCGUUUCUUAUGUGUAUGAGACUCUUGUGAUCCGGCCCUUCCUUGGACCCUUGCACAUAGCGGGAGCUUUAGUGCAUCAGGCUGCCCCUUUGUGAUAGUCAUUCUCUCUUCUCCUACAUUCAUAUUUCUGAAGUUUUGUUUGUCAAUUUGUCUUCGGACACAUUAUAGACGGGAAUAUGAUUGUAUUCCUGACUCUGCUGUCUUCGGAAGCACAAGUACACGACAUGUUAAUUUUAGUGUUUAAUUGAUGGAGGAUGAAGUAAAAA